AUGCCGGCCGUUCAGCGCAACACCGCCUUCACAAAGACUUUUAUCCGAAAACCGGGCCAGCGCGAUGACACCUCAAUACCCCUGCAUACAGAAGCGCCCCCUCCCCUCCGCCAGCCGACUCGGAUAGCCCGCGCAAAGACGCUCACACGUCCAGAAAGAAGUCAGCCCCAAGUUCCCCUCAUCAAUCCCUCCAGUGGUGGGCCAGGGUUCUCAGCCAGCUCCAGCGCCGAAGGUGGCUUCUCCUGGUGGACCGCUUUCUCGCUCAUAGUCACCUUCUGGGCACCUGGGCCUGUCCUCAAUUCAUGCUGUGGUCUCAAGGACAAGGCGAGUCGCCAGGCAUGGCGUGAAAAGGUAUCGCUCGUCUUUCUUGCCCUCCUCCUUGGCGCUUUUAUCGGUUUCAUCACCAUGGGCCUCAACGCCGCGCUCUGUCCCCCCGCCGACAGCAAUAGUGCAAAGACAUAUGUCCGAGUCGGUACAGGAGGCGCCAUCCUCGGUGUGCAGGGCUGGGCCAUCGACAUUGCACAGGCGCAUCACCUGCCUCUCUCCGACAUCCUCUUCAGCCUCUCGUCCACCAAGCCCGGCUCCGAUAUCACCUCGCUGUUUGCCAGGUCUUCCUCUGUCAACUUUCCAGCUUGCCAGGGCUCCACAGCUGCCUAUGCCGCCGAUCCCAUCUGUGUCGCGCUCAAUGGCACCGUCCUCAACAGCUGCUCGCUCGGACCCAUGACGCCUGCCACCUUUGCCGACUACGGCAUGCACAACGACACGCGCAGGAUCGGGUUUGGAUGGGAAGAUAUCGAGAGCGGCAACUUUACCAACCACAUGGUCCUCGACGGAACCGUACUCAACAUGACGCCUUACCUCAAGGCCAACCCAUCACCCAUCGCUGGAGACGUGGUUGACUUGGCCAUCCGCCAGCAAUUGGCAAGCGGCGUCAAGGGCGGCAGGGAUUCGACCAUGAUGUUCUACACCAAUCCAAGCGCACGCGACGCCAUCAAGUGCUUGGUUCAAAAGUAUGACGCAGGACGCAUUGACAAGAUCACGCCAGGCUGUUUCAUCUCCAACCUUGUGCUAUACUGCUCUCUCGUGGUCAUUUUGGCCAUCGUGCUCAUCCGCUUCUUCAUGGCUGUGUGGUUCUCGUGGUUCAUGGCCGGCAGAAUGUCGAAAACGCCGCGUCCCUCUCGCCAUCGCAAGAUCGCGCCCAAUAUGCUACCGGACGGCGCCAUGGUCUCGGUCAACUCGUCCGGCGCAGCGCCCUGGGCCAACAAGCAACGCCCGCCGCCUUCACAGCCCAUGCGUCGCAGACGCGAUUCCACCGCAUCUGCCGCCCCUUCGGUGCCCGACAGCCUCUCGGUCCAGCACAUUGGCUCCGAGCCGUAUGUCGUCUGUCUCGUCACUGCAUAUUCGGAAAACGAGGACGGCAUCUCGACUACGCUCAGCUCGCUCGCCGAGACCGACUACUCAGAUCAGCGCAAGCUGCUGUUUGUGGUCGCCGACGGAAUGGUCACCGGAUCUGGAGAGUCGAUGAGCACGCCAGACGUUUGCGUCUCGCUGCUUGAAGCAGAUCCGCGAUUCGGCACACCCACGCCCAUGAGCUUCAUCUCGAUUGCUCAGGGCAAGAAGGAGCACAACAUGGCCAUGGUCUACGCUGGACAUUACACGCGCGCAAAGGGAAGGCGAACACCCAUGGUGGUCGUGGUCAAGUGCGGUGCACCCGAAGAGGCGGGUGAUUCCAAGCCAGGUAACCGUGGCAAGCGUGAUUCCCAGAUGAUCCUCAUGAACUUCUUCCAGCGCGUCACUUACAACGACCGCAUGACGCCGCUCGACUACGAUCUUUUCCGCAAGGUGCACACGCUCAUGGGCGUCACGCCCGACUUUUUCGAGCUGUGCCUCAUGGUCGACGCCGAUACCAUGGUCUACCCGAAAUCCAUGAAGACGCUGACCAAUUGCAUGAUGGGCGAUCCGGUCAUCAUGGGUGCCUGCGGAGAGACGCGCAUUGCCAACAAGACACAGAGCUGGGUAACCAUGAUCCAGGUGUACGAGUACUUUAUCUCGCACCACCAGGCCAAGGCGUUCGAAUCGGUGUUUGGAGGUGUCACGUGUCUUCCCGGCUGUUUCUCCAUGUACCGCAUCAAGGCGAGGAAGCAUACGGACGACGACUGGGUGCCCAUCAUUGUCAAACCUGAGGUGACGCGCGAGUACAGCCAGAGCGUGGUGACGACGUUGCACCAGAAGAACCUGCUGCUGCUGGGAGAGGAUCGCUUCCUGACAACGACGUUGUUGCGAACGUUCCCGAACCGCAAGAUGGUGUUUUGCCCCGAGGCGCGCUGCAAGACCGAAGUGCCACAUACGUUCAGGAUGCUACUCUCGCAGCGACGUCGAUGGAUCAACUCGACCAUCCACAACUUGAUGGAGCUGGUGCUGGUCCGCGACCUCUGCGGUACAUUCUGUUUUUCGAUGCAAUUUGUCGUGUUCAUGGACCUGCUUGGUACACUGGUGCUGCCCAUCUCGAUCGCAUUAACCUACACAUUGGUGGUGACGUACUGCCUCAACCCACCAUACUCGUUUACGGAGGCGAUUCCGCUGAUGCUGCUGGUGGCGGUCAUCGGCAUGCCGGCAUUGCUGAUUCUGCUGGCGACACGCAAGGUCGUGUACGUGUUGUGGAUGUUGAUCUACCUGGUGGCACUGCCCGUGUGGAACUUUGUGCUGCCCAUCUACUCGUUUUGGCACUUUGACGACUUUUCGUGGGGCGAGACGCGAAAGGUGGAGGGAGAAGCCAAGCAGACGGGUCACGGUGACGAGGGCGGCGUGGCGACCGGAAACGUGGUGCCGCUUCGACGAUGGGAGGACUGGGAGCGAUCUCGUCUGCGCAAGAAGAAGCGCGAGGAGAAGCGUCGUCGCGAAUUGGAGCGUCAGUUCGGUGCCGGAUUCCACAACGACAACGGCUCGGACGGCGAUCAAGAUCGCAAGGAGCCCGGCCUGCCGCUGUCAAGGCGCGAGAGCGAUUCGUUUAGCGACUCGGUCACCAUCAGCGACUUUGACGACGACAAGUGGGGACACCAGAUUGGCGGGUACGACGAGUCGCUUCCGCCACCGGUACAGAUUGUGCGCCACUCGGUGUGGGUGGGUGACCAGGAGGUGAUCAUCGACACGGAGGAUAUGGAAAAGAUGCUCGAGACGGGUUGGGACGAUAAGGCGUUCCGUGCUAAGACCAUGGGCAAACCAGGAACCCUGCAAUCGCAGCAGCAGCCUCAGUAUCCGUCUGCGGUGAAUCGUAACCGUCUAUCGCAGAUGGGAAUGUUCCCGCCUAAUCGAAAUGCGCCGGCGGUGCCCGAGAUUCCAUCGCGGUACGGUCCGCCCAAAGGUGGGAAUGGUAGGGCAGGUGGCAACGGAUACGGAAGCAAUGGCCACUAUGAACCCGGAAGCUACGAGAUGGAACGCACGCCUAGCCCGGGAGAGUAUGCUAGCUUGAUGCGUGGUGGAGCUCCGUCGCCUUCCUCGCCUGGAUUCGGGCCGGCUGGACAGCAGCCGUACGGCCAUUCGUCGGCAGUGAGCGGGGGAGGUUACCCGGCGGGUUCACAUGCUCGUCAGCGUUCCGGUGGUGGAACACAACAGCCGUCGUCGUAUCACCCGCAGCAGCAGCAAAUGAGGCAAGGUGGUGGUGGUGGUGGUGCUCUGCCUCCACCUCGCGGAGGUUCCAUUGGUGGUGGUCGACCAGGCGUCGGGUUUGCGGAUGGCAAUGGCGGAGGGAGAAUGCCACAAGGUCGGCCCUCGGGGCCUGCGAAUUCGCCGCAAGGACCGGCUCGAAACUACCAUGAUCGAUUUGGUUAG